UUCAAACUCGCCGUCCCGACGUCGAUGGACGCAGGCCACUUCCGGUGGCGCCAUGGCGGCCAACGCUACCACUAACCCGUCGCAGCUGCUGCCUCUUGAACUUGUGGACAAGUGUAUAGGAUCAAGAAUUCACAUCGUGAUGAAGAGUGAUAAGGAAAUUGUUGGCACGCUUCUGGGAUUUGAUGACUUUGUCAACAUGGUCCUGGAAGAUGUCACUGAGUUUGAAAUCACACCAGAAGGCAGAAGGAUCACUAAAUUAGACCAGAUUUUGCUAAAUGGAAACAAUAUAACAAUGCUGGUUCCUGGAGGGGAAGGACCUGAAGUAUGAAUGGAUUCCUUGACUGAUGCUAGCUAGAUUCUGUGUCAUCUUAUAAUGGCAACAAAAUAGACGUUUUUUUUAAGCCUUUCAAUAUCUGGAUUCUGUGAAGCUAAGUUUCCCGUUAAAGGGGAAUGCUUCGAAGAGGCAUUGUAAAUGCCAUUUUUGUAAGUUAAUCAUGUUUAUCUUGGAAGAAAAAGAACAGUUUGUUCUUUGAAGACUACAAUAAAGGCGUUUUUGGUUA